AUGCGCUCGCACCUCGCAGUGCUCUCCCCGUCGCUCGCCCUCCGCGCGCCCUCCCCGUCGCCGCCGGCCCGCGGCCGCCGCCGGCCAGCCGCCGGCCCCCGCUCGCCGGAUCCGCUCCCCCCCCUCCACUUCCCCCCGCCUCCCCUCGCCGAAUCGACGCCGGCCGGCCGCCCGCCCUCCCCCCGCCUCGGCCCCCCGUCCCCGGCCGCCCGUCGCCCCCCGCCCCGGCCGCCCGUGCCCCCCGUCCCCGGCCGCCCGUCGCCCCCUGCCCCGGCCGCCCGUGCCCCCCGUCCCCGGCCGCCCGUCGCCCCCCGCCCCGGCCGCCCGUCGCCCCCCGUCCCCGGCCGCCCGUCGCCCCCGAGCAGGCAGGGCCCUGUUCCCGUGCUCCUCGUCCCCCCCACCCCGGCCGCCACUGACCCACCCAUACGUCCACGGGUGAGCUCUUCACAGCACCAGGUCGAUGCACUCCAGGCCGAGCUACAAAAUGAGAAGAAGCAGCGUGAGGAGACAGACGCGAAGCUUGUGGCCACAAGUGCGACGGUGGAGGCCCAGAAUGCGGCGCUGGCAAUGCAGCAAACAAGGCUAGAGGAACUAACGAAGUUCCUAGCAGCUGUUGGCGAGAAGUCCGGUUUGUCCUUGCCACCAGAGCUCCUCCAUCCCCUCCCUUUGCCGGUGCCUGUUCUACCUACUCCUCAACAGUCGGCGGGUUCGAAUCCUACUCCUGCAGCAAUUGCAGAAGGCAUACCCUCACCAGGCGUUCAGUACCCACCAGGCGGAGCCCCAACGUCUUGAGAUGCAGUGGUAGUGCUUGUUGUGAACUUGUGUUGUGAACUUGUGGAGACAACUAUGCACUUUGUGAACUUGAGCCGCACUUUGUGAACUUGUGGAUGUGAACUUGUGACAUUUGUGCUAUAUAUGUUGUGCUUGUUGUGGUGAAUGUGCCAGUGGUUGUAUCUAUGGUCUGGAUAACAUAUAUAUAUGUGUGUGAUUUUUAUUGUUUGAUCAGGUGGAUUGGAAAAUAAAAAU